GCACGUAGAACGGAACGGGAACCAAACGUAAACAAAAGUUGUGUUGAGUUGACGUUAAUUUGAAUUUAUUUUAUAAAAACAAAAUACGCCUGAUAAGUGGAACUGUGGAGUGCGCAUACUACCGUGAUGUAACGAUAAUAUGUGGAUAACAAUUAUCGUAACGUUUUAGAUAAAACAUUUCAAUGCCAAUGUUUUAUAACUUGUUACAAAGGCAGGAAACAACACGAAAGGAAGUCGAUGACUAAUCCACGGUUCACUUUCAAAUAUCAUGGGUACGGCGUACAAGGAGCUUUUUAAGUUAUAUGAUAUUAUCCAAAAUGGAACAGAAAGAUCCUUGGAAAGUUUCCUGGAGGAAAAUAAUAUACAAAUAAAUCAGAUAAUACCUUGCAAAGGUAUUGGAGUCUUACAUUUGGCCGUGGGUGUGGAACCACCUGAAAAGUCUAAGAAAUGCACUGAGUUGCUUCUGAAGAAUGGAGGAGAUCCUAAUUUAAGCAAUGAUGAUGGGGUAACACCCGUUCACAUAGCAGCAAUAUGGGGUCGCUUAGACAACCUAAAGCUCCUGAUUGGGUGCGGAGGCGACCCAUCCCAACGGGACUUAGAUGGACACUCAGCAUUUGACUAUGCCACUAGAGAAGAGCAGUGGGAAGUAUUUGACUAUCUACACAAUGUAAUUGAUCAGACGGACGGCUCUCCUGGACAUAAGUGUGCUUACACUUUGGAUUUAGAGAGAGUACUUUUGACAACAGACCAAAUAGUGGCCGAAUAUGGGCCCAUUACUGACGAAAUUACACAAGAAAAAGCUCCUACUAGAAAGACAGAACUUAUCAAUGAGUGGUGCGCAAACAAUAGUUUAGCCAUUAACAAGUUAUACCCUACUAUUAUAGGGGAUACAUAUCUUAUAGACGACGAGUCGGCCCCUUGGAAAAGUACCUGCUUAGACUUCACAGAGAAUAUAACCCUUGAUCUCACUAAAGAUAGGAUCUCCAGUGACGUAAACACUAGCUUUAAGUCAUGUAUAUCAAAGAGAUUAACCAGUGUAGAAAUAAGUGGUAUACAGAAAUUGCAAUUUACUUCAGAUGAAAGCAAAUCCAUUGACAACUCAAAUGGCUUGAACCACAGGAUCAGUGUGUAUGAGAACUUCUCCUUGCCUGGUUCACCAAGUAACAUCACACAUAAGAAUUAUAACACAAAGACUAGUUUAAAGAAAAAGAAUCCAAAAAAUACAAGUAGUUUGAUCUCAAGUGAUUUUUCACAAGAAUUGGACAAGGUUUUAGCUGUGGCCCAGAAUAAAACUAAUGAGUGGCUGUGUGGGAAGGAUGUGGCUUGUAACACCAGGAGAUCAUCAGCUAGCAGCGGUGUCAGCAGUAAUUAUUCUGGCGGGAGUAUAGUGCUGGCGAAUGUACAUGAGGAGUAUAAAUAUGAAGACAGAGAGGAAGAUGUUGUGUUAAUUGAGAAAAGGCUGCUUGUGUCGCCUGUUGUGCUUCCAUGUGACGAUGGUGCAGAGAAUGUGACUCCUGACAUGACGAUGGUCUCCGUAGCGUCCUCUCUGCCAGCCUCAGUGAAAUAUGAUGACAGCACUCUGAGGAAGGAGCUGGUACGCCUUGGGUUUACCCCCGGACCAAUACAGGACACAACUAGAAAUUUGUAUCUAAAGAAACUGCAAGCCUUGAAGAAUGGGCCCAGAGAGGAUGUAGAAGCUCUCAGUGAUAACUUACAGGGAUUAAAUAUUAAUAACAAACCUAAGAAAACAUACAGUAUUGAAAUAGAGAAGUCUUUACGAACUGGUGACUGGAUGAAUGAUCUCACAAUACACAUGGAACUGGAAAGAAAAGCGCGGGAAAAUUUCACGGACACCAACAAAAAAUGGCGGGAAGGAACAGCUAAGACCUCCUUUACCUACUUACUGCUGGACCCGCGGAUGACUGACAAUCUGCCUGUCAAGGCCGGAAAACAGAAUAAACAUCUGUCUUGGGUCACAUUUGUUAAUUCUAUCUUCUAUGUUGGUAAAGGUAAGCGCUCCAGACCUUAUUCUCACUUAUACCAAGCUUUAACACUUUGGAAGAAGGACUUCAAAACAUCUAAAGACAAGAAAGUUCAACAUAUCCUCGACAUUUGGUCGGACAAAGUAGGUGUGGUUUGUCUACACAUAUUUCAGAAUGUUAUCCCGGCUGAGGCAUACACGUACGAAGCCGCUAUGAUCGAUGCUCUAGGUCUUACAAGUUUAAAGAACCUUAAAGUUGGGAAUUAUUACGGGGUUGUUGCUUCUUGGCCGCUUAAAGAAAGGCGUAUGCUUGGACAAUACCUUCUAUACAAGGCAAUGCUUAUAUUUCUGAGUGAAGGUGAAAGGCAACUCAGGCCUGACGAUCUAGACUGAAGUAGGUUACCUACAAUAAUUUUAAAUUGGUUGUGAUGAAGUUCUUGCGUUAAAUUAAAUAAAUUUUUACACUAUUUAUUUUGUAACUUAAAUAAGUUUAUGUAAAUUGUUCUUAAGUAGUGUAGUGUUUACUUAGCUUUAGACUAGUAGAUUUUACCACAAGUAUACAGUCCUGUUACAAAUGAGAGGCCAAAGAAUUUUUAAAGGUGGAGCCACCAGUGCUUUGAUUAUAAAACAGUAACUGUAAUUCAUUUUAGAUAGAAAUAAUCCAUUCUUAGAUCCUGACAAAAAAGGUUUUUAAUUUAUUUAAUCGUUAUUUUCAAUAAUAACACAAAUUCUCAACAAUAUCUAAUUUUGGACUUGGGUUCAAAUACUUAUCUUUAAAAAUGACCGGAUCUCUGUGAGGUUAAUAAUUUUAAUUAUAAUCGUCUACAUCUAGACUCAAAAAGUAUUAAAAUCAAUAAAUAACAAGAAAGAUUGUAAGAACAAGCUUAUUUUGCAAACUUGCCUUAUAAAAAUAAGAGCUUUAAAAUCUUGUAACCAAAAAUAUUUAUCUUAUACUCUACAAUAAUAAUUUAGUAUGUUUGAUCCCUGUUGGCUUCACCCCGCACCAAACAAACUUACAAUAUUGUAAUACGUAGCUAUAACUCAAAAUGUUAACUGACAUUUUUAUGCUUCCACAUAAAUUAUUAUAAAACAUUUCGCAUAAUUUUGCAUUUACUUUAGUAAUCAGUAUUUUGAAUAAUUUAUUUGUCGUUUUAACUUAAGCUUUAACACUUUUUAACAUGUUAAGUUACCUUGCACCUUAGUAUCUCGCACUGUUUUUAUUUUUAUGUAAUCGCAUAUAAUUUGCCCUGUAGUACCUGUAUUUUAAGCAAAUUGUAUAUUUUUUAGCUCUGUACUCUGUUACUAGUCAUUAAUACAGUAACUAUAAGCAUAAUGUAUCAAUCAUGACAAUAAGCUUAACAUUAAUUUUACUGACUUUUUAGCAGGAAAUAAAACUCAUUUUUUAAGAAAUAAUUUAUCUUUAUUAUUCCUUUUUUCAACGUCUCGAAUUCUUUUCUAAGUAAAAUCAAACUUGGCUUUAGUUACAUCAAAAAAAAAAA